CCUUACGCGGAGCGCUUCUCAGGCCAUGGCGGCUGCGUCGACGGUGUCUUCUGCGCCUUCCUCUGGGAGCGCCGGCGACGGUCCUCGAGCCAGUUCCAAAUGGCUGGAUGCCCACUACGAUCCAGUAGCCAAUUUGCACACCUUUUCCUCUUGCGUCACUCUAGCUGACCUUUAUGGGGAUGGAGACUAUAAGCUGGUGGUGGGCAAUUUCGGCUUGACGGGGCACGAGAUGAAGCUGAAGGUGUACCAGGGCACCAGCCUCUUGAGUGAAAACACCCUGCCGGACUUACCCACCAGCGUGGUUUCGUUCCUGAUGGAGCAGCACGAGCCUCGCAUGCCAGCCUUGGCGGUGGCUUCCGGUCCGUACAUCUACGUGUACAAGAACCUGCGUCCCUACUUCAAAUUUACGCUGCCGCCGAUGGAGCCCAACCCCAUGGAGAAGGUGGUCUGGGAACAAGCGAAGGAGGACAAGGUUGACCUUCUAUCAAUGAAAGAGAUGCUGGAGGGAAUCCGAGAAAAUGCAGAAAUGCCUUUAUCGGUGCAGUCUCUGAGGUUCCUGACCCUUGACCCCCCCGACAUGGACACCUUUGUGAACCAGUAUAAAUCACAGCCCAUCAAACGUCAGACGGUGAUUACCUGCAUGGCCACUUUGAAGAAGAAUAGGGUGGAUGAGGAUGCUAUCAGCUGCUUGGUGAUCGGGACGGAGAACAUGGAAAUCCUCAUCUUGGACCCGGAGGCCUUCACCAUCUUGUCAAAGGUGGCGAUACCUAGCGUGCCCGCCUUCCUGGACGUUGCAGGCCAAUUUGAUGUGGAAUACCGUCUUACUGUGGCCUGUCGGAAUGGGAGCAUUUACAUCCUCCGCAGGGACUCCAAGCGGCCCAAGUACUGCAUUGAGCUGAGUGCCCAGGCCGUGGGCUUGGUUCGAGUCCAAAAGACCAUCAUGGUGGCUUGCUCAGAUGAGACACUGUGGGGCUACACGCAGAAGGGAAAGAAGCUCUGGGGAGUUACAUUGCCAGCCACCCCCGUCACUUUGGGCAUCAUGGGUGAGAAAUUCCAAAGUUUCCAGGCUGUGCUGGUGGCUUUGGCCAACAUGGAAGUUCACGUCUACCGGGACAAGAAUCUCGUUAACGUUAUCCAGGUGCCGGACAUCGUCACCAGCAUCUCCUUUGGCCACUACGGACGAGAGGACAACACCCUCAUCAUGACGACCAAAGGGGGGGGGCUCAUCAUCAAGAUCUUGAAACGCACCAGCACCUUCCCUAAGGGGGACGCAGCAGUCGGCAUCCCUGUUGCUCAGAGUAUCAAACUCAGCGUGCCCAAGAAAACGAAGCUGUACGUGGACCAGACGCUCCGGGAGCGGGAAAGCGGAGCGGCGAUGCAUCAGGUCUUUCAGAUGGACCUCAGCCGCAUCCGUCUCACGGCGGCCCGUGCCUAUGUCCGGGCGCUUGAGUGCAGCAUGAACCCCAUCUCGGAGUCCCUGCAGGAGCCGCUCAAGUUGAACGCCGUGGUCCAGGGCAUGGGCCCCGUCUUCAGACUGUGCCUCAAUCUCCAGAACAUGUCCGAGAACCAGACCGUGUCAAACCUUCUCAUCUACUUUGUUUAUGAUGAAAACCGCUAUUCCAUCAAGCGCCCUUUCUUCAAGGCUCCACUGUUGAUCCCAGGACUGAAUUAUCCUUUAGCGACCUUUGUCGAGUGUCUCAGCGACCAAGGGAUCUCGGAUAUUAUUAAGGUGUUUGUGCUGAAGGAGGGCGACAGCCGGCCUUUGCUCACGGCCCACAUCAGCAUGCCUGUUAGCGAAGGCUUGACAGCUGCGUGAACCACCUCCAAGGGGGGACCCUUCAGCCACAGGGCGCUCUUGACUGUCUCAGCGCAGCGACAGGGAAUUGGAGACUGGAGUCCCAACCCUGGACCAUGUAGCAUCUUCCCCAAAUGUGGGAAGAACGUUCCCAUCUCCCCCUAAGGAGCAACCUGCACCCAGAGACAGCUACCGGAUCAGCCAGGUUAGAAUUAGCAGGCGUGGGAAGUAAAGCUGCUGAAUAGCAAUGCACGGCUGGGAGGCCAGAACAGCUCAAUAAAUUGUAUUUGUUCUCCAGUCUAAAGAAAAGAAGCAUCCCCUCUUUAUGGGAACAAGCAGCUAUGCAAAAAACAUCCCUUGGCUAUACAGGUAGUCCUCACUUAAUGACCACUUGUUCAGUGAUGGUUCGGACUUACGACAGCAUCAAAACCAACUUGGGACCAGUCCUCAGACUUAUGACCUUCACAGCAUCCCCACAGUCAUGUGAUUACGAUUUGGGCACUGGCAACUGGUUCGCGUUUUUGACUGUCGUAGCAUCCCCACAGUCACA